CUCUCUGUAAAGUCAGGCUGAAUGAGAGUAAUUACUCAUUGGCGCGGGUGCAGUCCUCCAGCAACAUCUCUCUGUGUUGAGACAUGCAUCUCUGAACGGUCAUGAGGAGUGAUAAGGGUGUGCACUCCUGCUGCGGCUGGAUUCUCACUAAAUGCUGCUGCUGCUGUCAUGUGGGAGGUGGGUUUCACAGACGCUCUUCUAGACCUGAAAACUAUGCGGUUAGCGGCCCAGAAGGGAAGACGGAGUCUGUGACCACACUGCAGCCACAGGCAUCCCUGAACUCCCUGCAGAGCAGCUCCCCUGGACCCAAGCGCUCUGGAAAUACACUGAAGAAGUGGUUGACCAGCCCUGUCCGGCGCCUCAGUCACGGCAGCAACAUCAAGAAGAUCCCUAGCAAACAGAAGCAGAAACGUGAUAGACGAAAGAGCAUAGAUCUGGGGCCGCCUGAACUACAGGAUGACACCCUGGAGGAGAAAGUGCGUAAAGAAGGAACACUCUCCAAAUCUUCAUCAGGGAUGCACAGCGGAGGAGAGGAAGAGCCUGAGGACGAGUCUCACACUCCCCUCCCUCCACCAAUGGAGAUCAUCAAAGACCCGUCUGCUCAGGAAGAGAAGACGCUGGAGCCAGGCUCGUACCCAGGAUUCAGUUCAGUGAACCCAGCAGAGCAGAGCCCAGCGCCACCCAGAAACCCUGAACUGGAGCAGAAAGCCAAAGCACUGCGUGGACGAAUGUUUGUUGUGAAUGAAUUAAUCCAGACAGAAAAAGACUACGUGAAAGAUUUGGGUAUCGUGGUUGAGGGGUUUAUGAAGCGAAUAGAGGAGAAAGGAGUUCCUGAUGAUAUGAAAGGGAAAGAUAAGAUCGUCUUUGGAAACAUUCACCAAAUCUACGACUGGCACAAAGAUUUUUUUGUUGGCGAGCUGGAAAAAUGUCUUGAAGAUCAUGAAAAACUGCCUGGGCUGUUCAGUAAACAUGAGAGAAGACUGCACAUGUAUGUGGUUUACUGCCAGAACAAACCCAAAUCUGAAUUCAUUGUUGCAGAAUACGAUUCAUACUUCGAGGGGAUUCAACAAGACGUCAACUCAAGACUGAGCAUCAGUGAUUUUCUCAUUAAACCCAUUCAGAGAAUUACUAAAUACCAACUGCUACUAAAGGACUUCCUGAAGUACAGCGCAAAGGCAGGGUUGGAUUGUCAGGAUAUAGAGAAAGCAGUAGACCUGAUGUCCCAGGUGCCCAAGCUGUGCAAUGACAUGAUGAACCUGGGAAGACUGCAGGGAUUUGAGGGGAAGCUGACGAGUCAGGGAAAGCUCUUGCAGCAGGAGACUUUCUUUGUGACGGAGCAGGACUCUGGCGUUCUGUCCCGCAGUAAGGAGCGCAGGGUCUUCCUGUUUGAACAGAUCAUCAUCUUCAGCGAGCUCUUACGCAAAGGCUCGUCCACGCCAGGAUACCAGUUUAAAAAGAGCAUCAAGGUGAGCUUCCUCGGCCUGGAAGAGCAUGUUGAAAACGAUCCCUGUAAGUUUGUGCUGUCGUGUCGCGGCUCAGCCGAGCGUUUCACCCUGCAAGCUGCAAACACAGACAUUAAACAGGUCUGGGUUCAGCAUAUCACCGAGCUACUAGACUUACAGAGCAACUUCUUGUCAGCUCUGCAGUCUCCCAUCGAGUAUCAGAAGGAGCGCAGCGGCUCUCAGUCUCUGACCCGAAACUCCUCCAGCGGUGGGCGAGUGGGUCAGGCCAACAGCAGGCCCAGCUCCACUGUGUCUCUCGGGGCAGAGAAACCCUCUCUGUCUGGACGGAGCUCCACUCCCAUAAAGCUAACUACCUCCAGCAGUGGUCCGUGCCACGACAGAUACCACAGGCAGUUUGACGGUGUGGGCUGUAACGGUACGUCGUCCUCCCUGAUGGUGACUCAGGACUAUAAUGCACUGAAAGAGAACGAGAUCUGCGUCACGCAGGGUGAGACGGUGCAGAUACUGGCCACUAACCAGCAGAACAUGUACCUGGUGUACCGACCCGCUAACAGCCAGUCGCCGGCCGCGGAGGGCUGGGUGCCGGGACACAUCCUGGGCCCCCUCGCUAAACCCCUCAUAGACACUACUGCAGACUCAAACAUCAAGAAAUCUCUCUCGUGGAACACGCUUCGUGCUCGCAAGCGUGCAGAGAAGGACAGUGCGCCCCUCAAAAGUGACAUUAAAGUUGAGAAUGGACUGCGUAAGCCAAAGGAAAUUUUCAGCAGCAAAGGCACUGUGAAAGAUUCCCGCAGCUCGGAUGAGUCCGAUUGUGAGGAUGAACUAGACCCCAAAACUAGUAUGGAGUUACUGAACCCUAAUUUCAUCCAAGAUGUGGCUCCGGAGUUCCUGACGCCUCUAGCGGACGUGACGUGUGCUCUGGGGGAGACGGUGGUCCUGUGCUGUAAAGUCUGCGCUCGACCCAAGCCCACAAUCACCCUGAAAGGACCCGAUCAAAGUCUGCUGGUCAACAAUAACCGAUUCACGAUCAAUAUCAGGGAAUCAGGUGAUAUAGUGCUGAAGAUCUGUAAUCUGAUGCCUCAGGAUACUGGCAUCUACACGUGUGUGGCUGUGAAUGAUCAUGGCACUGCCUCCUCAUCUGCAUCUAUUAAAGUACAAGGUAUCCCAGCAGCCCCUGCUCGGCCUGUGGCACAGGAAGCCAGCAGCACCGCAGUGAUUGUCCACUGGCUUCCUCCAGCCAGCUCAGGAAACUCUGCCAUCUCCAGCUACACUGUGGAAUACAGGCAGGAAGACUCUCUGGUGUGGCACCAGUCGGUGGUCUCCACUGCAGACGUGUGUGUGAAGAUUGAGAAUCUGAUUCCUGGUGGCCAUUAUCAGUUCAGAGUCAGUGCCUGUAACCCCUGGGGCAUCAGCCCACCCAGUGAACCCUCAAACAUGGUGACAUUACCCAGCACAGCCUCGACAUACGACGGCACUGGAAUCCAGUGGAAAGACAACUUUGAAUCUGCAUUUACAGAAUUAUGUGAAAUUGGACGGGGUCGUUUCUCAGUGGUGAGGAAGUGUCUCAGUAAAUCCAGUAAGAAGGAGGUUGCUGUGAAGUUUGUCAAUAAGAAGAUGCAGAAGAAAGAGCAGGUGGCCCAUGAGGCUGAUAUCCUGCGUCAUGUCCAGCAUCCGCAGCUGGUGGCGCUGAUUGAUACCUAUGAGUCUCCCACGGCCUACAUGCUGGUUCUUGAGCUGGUUGAGGAUGGGCGUCUGCUGGACUAUCUGGUAGCUCACGAUGAGCUGAUGGAGGAGAAGGUGGCAUUCUUCAUUAAAGACACUCUGGAAGCUCUGCAGCACCUGCACACAUGCAGAGUAGCUCACCUGGACCUCAAGCCUGAAAACCUGUUGGUGGACCUCCAUGUGCCGGUGCCCUGCGUGAAGCUCUCAGAUCUGGGCGAUGCUGUACAGGUUUCGGGUCACCGCUACGUGCAUCUCCUCCUGGGGAACCCUGAGUUUGCCGCUCCAGAGCUCAUCCAGGGCACCCCGGUGUCCCUGUCCACAGACUUGUGGAGUGUAGGGGUGCUGGCCUACGUCAUGCUCAGUGGAGUCUCCCCGUUCCUGGACGAGAGCCUGGAGGAGACCUGCGUCAACAUCUGCAGGCUGGAUUUCUGCUUUCCUGAGGAGUACUUCAGUGACGUUAGCCAGGCCGCCAAAGACUUCAUUGUGUCCACGCUUCACCAGGACCCCAGGAAGAGGCCAAGCUCAGCUACAUGUCUGCAGCACCCGUGGGUCAGCGCUCAUAGUGGAGAUUACUCCAAAACACCGCUGGACACUGUCAGACUCGCUGCGUUUAUAGACCGACGCAAACAGCUACAUGAUGUCAGACCUGUGACAAACGUUAAAGGACUGGUCAGCAGCAGUAUGGGACACACCUUAUGAGACGAGAACGUGGGCUAGAGGAAAGAGGUUCUAGCAUGUUACAUGCUCUAUGUCAACAAUAGAUGUCAUUUACAUUAUAUAUCAUAUCAUUAGGAAUGUGCACUUACUGUACACAGUGUUUCCUGUAGCGUUUAUUGGCCUGCUCCAUUAUGACUUGUGGCCCGGGGAGUUAAUAGAUUGAGAAAAUACAAGUAAACUGGAAUUGCAGGAAUUGCAGAGCUAGGAGUAGUAACAUCAUUGAAUGUCAUAUUAAGGCUUAAGGUGAUGUGUUUUAGAGCUUUCAAAGUCCUAAACAGACCAGUAGUUGGGUGUUGUAUGUUCAGUUGUAUUGCGAGGUUUUACAGGAAAAGUUUAACCAAAAACGAGAAUUCUGUCAUCACUUACUCGUGCUGUUCCAGAUUCAUAAGAUGUGCUAAAACAAAACAAGUUUUAGUCUUUUCUAUUCAAUGAAAGUCAAAUUUCAUGUGUGUUCACAUAUAUUCAAAUAUGGCACAUCAGGUUUGAUAUCUAUGAUGCUGAAUGGCUUUGGUUGUCUCGUUUAUCAUAACCAAUUGCAACAUACCAGUUUGAAUAUGUGUAAGUGCAAAUGUUAUUUUAGAGGUCCAAUGGGAAGAGAACAGUCAAUUCCUCAAUUUUAUGAUACUUUUAGCUCAUAUUUGGAGCUCAGUAUACAUCAGUACUCAUUUAAUUUCAAAUUCAAUUAUGGGUUUGGAGCGACAUGAGUAAAUGAAUGAUGACUGAAUGUAAUACAAUGUGGUUGACGAUUGGAUGUGAAAAGAAAUUUAGUGAUCCAACAUCUUGCAGCAGAUAUAUUUUUCACAGGACCAUUAAGAUAAUUUAAAGAAUGUAGAAAUAACUGAUCAUCCACAUCUAACCUGUAAUGUAUUCAGUUUUCAUAGUAUGGGGUCAUGAGUAUCAUCAUUGUCAUUAGGCAUAAUGAGGAAUUUGAAUGUCUUAAAAUGAAUUGAAUAAAAUGUUGUUUUCUUAUUUGUCUGAGUUGAAAUGACAAUAAUUUGCAGACUAAAGUUAUUAUAGUUCAGCACUU